AUGGCCGGCCAACAGACACAAUUUGGGAAGGCUUCACAGAAAGCAGUUCCAGGGAAGAUCCACCUUCCACGUUUAAGGGGCACCAUAUCUUAUGGAAUUUUACUGUGUCAAGAAGCAUUGAAUGCUGAGAGGGAGCUAUGUCAUCCAGAUACAGAUCUCUGCAGAUUUGAUGCUACAGAUGAAGAGUUGAGAUUGUGUCAGGCCUGUGGGUUUGAAUUUGACAUGUGUGAGUGGACGUCAGAAGCAUCUGCUGGCCAAAUUUCCUGGAUGCGCACAAAAGCGAGAGAGAUCCCUGCAUUCGAAUCCACACCUCAGCAGGAUCAAGGAGGUGAUGAUGAAGGUUAUUAUGUAUGGGUAGGCGCUAAGCAUGCUUUCACUCUUAACCAUUUAGACAGCAGGGCUUACCUAAAUAGCUCUGUGUGUCAUUGCCUGGGCAAGAGCUGUCAUCUUCAAUUCUAUUAUGCAAUGGAAAGCAGUGUCCUGAGAGUAAGACUGUAUAAUAAUAAGGAAGAAGAAAUAUUUUGGACAUACAACAUAUCAACUCACAGCCAAUGGGUGAAAGCAGAUGUGUUAAUACCAGAAGAUCUGAAGACAUUUAAGAUUAUUUUUGAAGGGACUCUUUAGAGCCAGAGAAGUUUUAUUGCCCUUGAUCACCUCUGGGUCUAUGCCUGUGGACAGACCCAAUCCAGAAAGCUUUGCUCUGCAGACGAAUUCCCUUGCACUAGUGGCCAGUGCAUUGCCAAAGAAUCUGUCUGUGACUCUCGGCAGGACUGCUCCGAUGAGAGUGAUGAAGACCCAGCAACUUGCUCAAAGCAUCUCACCUGUGACUUUGAGUCGGGUUUCUGCGGUUGGGAGCCAUUUCUCACAGAAGAUUCCCACUGGAAGCUGAUGAAAGGAUUGAAUAAUGGAGAGCACCACUUUCCUGCAGCUGAUCACACAGCAAACAUAAAUCAUGGAUCGUUUAUUUAUUUGGAGGCACAGCGCUCCCCCGGGGUGGCCAAGCUUGGAAGUCCUGUUCUUACAAAAUUGCUCACUGCCUCUACCCCAUGUCAGGUAAUCAACUGUUCUGAAUUUCCACUGGCCAUUCUGUGGUUGUAAAUCGCUGAGCUUGGGUUACUCUGCUAGUAAAUGCCCGCCAUGUUUUACUAGCACUUUAAUAAUGAAUUAAGAGAUUUACAUGCGCUAUUUCAACACAAAAUGCUAUGUCCUUCUAGAAGACCAUUUGUAACACAUAACUGGCACCAUUCUUUUGAGGGCUAUUAAAGCUUUCUGUUAUUUUA